ACAACAAUAUUUUAUACAUUUACUUAUAUAAUUUUCUAUACGUCUAACAAAUAUAAUAAUGAAACGAUUUAGUCGGUAAAUGUAGCGAAUUUAUUAGGCUGGGACGUUCUGGACAUUCAUGCACAAUUAAUUAUAUAAUGAAGGGUUAAAUGAUAGAUAUAGGUAUAAAGAUUUACUAUUAUAUUAUAUGUGAAGAAAGAUUUUAUUCUCGAGUUUGAGAUAUCUUGUAUGUGAAUGUAAUCUGCACCCUUGACUAUGAUCUUACGGGGAUGCGAUCUGUACACGCGUCCCCUUAUGCAACCCCAGUGCGUAUACCUUACAGAAGAACGUUGCUGCGCAAGCGUUGAGACUUCCAUUUCCACUAUAAUUUUGCACCCCUUUUUGGAUAGAGUAGGGAUGGAUUCACCAAGGGGGUGGAGGUCUUUAGUGAGAGACUAACCGCGAUCCCGUACAGUACACGAUCGAAACUAUACACAUAGUACAUAUAUCCCCUUUCCUUUCCCCCCGCAUACACGACACGCUUACACAUGUACAUACGCGCGCAUAUUUGUAUACAACCUAUAUUUUUGUACCAACGAUAACUAGAUGACUUUUUUGUAUCGUGAAAUACGUCCAACGGGAAGAAGAAUCGUUGUGUAGAUAUACAUACAUGUAUGGUGUGAAGUGGUAGAACCGGCAGAGUCCACCGUUACUGAUGGGUAGGACGGAUAUGUCAAAAACGCUCAAUGCUUAUAGAAUUAAAAAAAUCGAGAACAUAGGCAGAAUGACGGCGAUGACGCAGGAGGAGAUCGUGGCUGGAGCACGGACGGUUGCUCAGGGCCUAGAAGCUCUCCGAGUUGAACAUGGUGGUCUGCUGCAGGGCCUGCAGUCCCAAGAUGCGCCAGCUGCUCGGGACAAAGCUAGUUUGCUAUCUAAAAUAAUUGAGAUGAUCGAUCUUGGCCUAGGCGAGGCGCAAGUGAUGCAGGCGCUUGCAAGUCAUCUGCAGAUGGUGGAAGCAGAAAAGCAGAAACUGAGGACACAGGUGAAGAGGCUGUGCCAGGAGAACGCCUGGCUCAGAGACGAGUUGGCCGGCACACAACAAAAGUUGCAAGCGAGUGAACAAGCUGUUGCUCAAUUGCAAGAAGAGAAGAGACAUUUAGACUUUAUGGCCAGUAUGCGACAAUACGAUCCAGAUCCAUCAACUGAAGAUGAAAAUGCUAAAGAUCGACCGAAAGACGAUCCCGUGGUAGAUCUCUUUCCUGAUGAUGAUGCGGACGAUCGCAAUAGCAAAUCUAUAUCUCCGACUCCGCCGUCGCAGUUUGCUCAGCAAGUGAAUGCUGGCUAUGAAAUACCAGCACGUUUGCGCACACUGCAUAAUCUAGUGAUCCAAUAUGCGAGUCAAGGCCGGUAUGAAGUGGCAGUUCCUCUUUGUAAACAAGCUUUGGAAGAUUUGGAGAAAACCUCCGGCCAUGAUCAUCCUGACGUGGCAACCAUGCUCAACAUCCUCGCUUUAGUAUAUCGAGACCAGAAUAAAUAUAAAGAAGCCGCAAAUCUUCUGAACGAUGCUCUAGCGAUUCGAGAGAAGACGUUAGGUGAAAAUCAUCCUGCGGUGGCGGCAACGCUGAACAACCUCGCAGUAUUGUAUGGAAAACGAGGAAAGUAUAAGGAGGCUGAACCCCUAUGCAAACGAGCUCUAGAGAUCCGCGAGAAAGUACUAGGUCGUGAUCAUCCGGAUGUAGCGAAGCAACUGAAUAAUCUGGCAUUGCUAUGUCAGAAUCAGGGCAAGUAUGAAGAAGUGGAACGCUACUAUCAGCGUGCGCUCGAAAUCUAUGAAGCUAAGCUUGGUCCGGAUGAUCCAAAUGUCGCUAAAACGAAAAACAAUCUAGCAUCUUGUUACUUGAAGCAAGGAAAGUACAAGGAUGCCGAGGUGCUAUACAAGCAGGUGCUCACUAGAGCGCAUGAGAGAGAAUUUGGUGCUAUUGAUGGUGACAACAAGCCGAUUUGGCAGGUGGCUGAAGAGAGAGAGGAGAAUAAGCACAGAAAUAAGGAGAAUACACCAUAUGGCGAGUAUGGCGGCUGGCAUAAGGCCGCGAAAGUGGAUUCCCCUACAGUUACUACUACCUUAAAAAACCUCGGUGCCCUUUAUCGAAGACAGGGUAAAUACGAGGCCGCAGAAACGCUCGAAGAUUGCGCUAUGAGAUCUCGAAGAGAGCACGUGCAACAAGCGUUAGAGUUGGUAAAUAAGGCACGAGUAGCACAGUUGCUGGGUGAGGAGAAGAGUUCGACCAGACGUGGCUCGCGGUCCAGUCUGGCCAAUAGCGAACACGAACAAAGUCAUGAAGAGGCGAACAGUUCGCUGCCACUGGUGCAAAGGGCGCUACAUGAAGGACAGUCAGCGGCGAGCACUGGCCAGCACCAACAUGAUGCUAGUCCUAACAAACCCGGGUUUAAAAACAAGAUCUUCCAAGCUUUUGGCAUUCACUCGUCAUCUACUUAGGCCGGGCGAAUUCGGUUUCCCGUUUCUCGUUAGCUUCUAUUUCGCCUUAUCGUUAUCGUUAAAUCCGUUCUCUUCAGCUGCGUAUCCUGUAUUUUUUUUAACAAUUUUUAUCUUCUUUCUAAUGCUUUCUUAUAACACUUGUUUCAUCUUAAAUGCAGUAUACGUAUGUAUAUAUGUAUGUAAUUAUAUACACACACAUACAUCCAUACGCAUAAUGUAUUGUAGCUAAAGAGAACAGAUCUAUUUUAAGUACGACAUCACUGAAUAGGUAGAUGUACUUCUAGGGUGAGCAAGGACUUUAAAAUACCCUUUAAUACUCUUAUUUCUCUCUCAUAUAAUAUACGCUAUAAACAAUUCAUAUCAAUCGAUUGAUUUCUGAAUCUUUUUUAGUAUUAUAAGGUAGAAAAGAUAUUGAAAUUAAUUGAUCAAAUUUGAAAUAGAAUAAAAUUAAAAAUAUUAAAAUAAAGUAUUAAAAGAUUUUUUCUGUAAUCUCAUUAUUUGUGGAUAAUUACUUAAUUACAGAGAAAGUGUAUGUAGUUAUUUUUUAUACAGAUUAAGAGAACAUAUUAAAAAAAGAAUUGAAGUUAGAUAUAAGCGUGAAGAAUGUGUCAAUUCAUUGAAAGGCAUGAAAACAUGGUGCCAUGUGAUGCAUGUCUUAGCACAAUAUGUAUGUCCCUAAUAUGCUCCGAAUAGAGCGCAUCUGACUAUCACGUGAUAAAGUGCGACGCCUAGUAUAAAUAAAUUCUUCCAAAUAAUUCAGUAUAGAAAUUAUUCUUCGGGAUUCUGUUCUUAAAUUACUAAUUAUAUAAUGAUAGUUUAUUUUAAGAAUUUUAUUCAUCCAAGGUAAUUUUUGUAAAGCUACUUUCCUUGGAUGAGCAGAAUAUUUUAGCAAACCUUUUUUUAGAAAACAACAUGAUAUUUAAUACGAUAUUUAAUAUGAUUUUUUUCUUUAUUUGUUGAAUAUAGACACAAAUGAAAAAACUUUUUUACGUAUUUUAAUAUUACGCAUAGUAUUUAUAUUCACAGGGUGUAAUUACCGUUUUAAUUGGAACACCUUGUAUAAAUUGCAUUUACAUGAGAAUAACUUUCCAGAUAAAUGCUUAUUAUGUCAUGAAUAUAAGAAAUAACUGGAUCGGAUUUAUGCAAAAUGUAGAUAACAAAUAUGAAAAAAUAUUGGAUGCAGCAUAUUGAUAAUAUUCAAAAUGUUAAUUGAAAACUUAAAGUAUAUUAAGAAAUCAAUAAACUGAUAUUAUUAAAGUAGAUAAAAAAAUAUUUGUAUAAUGCUAAAAAAUAUUCUAGCAACAAUUCACAGAUCACAUUUAUUGUGUUUAUUACUUUAACUACUUUAGAAUACUUCAAGCAUCGUUGCUUUCUAAUUUUAGAAUAGCAUUUUAACACAAUCUAUUAGAUGUAUCUAAUAGAUAUCUGUUUAUCUAUUAUAUCUAAGUAUCAUAUUUAUUAUGAUUAUUUGUUAAAAAAUAUAUUUUUAUUGAUAUAUUUAAUUAUAUGAUGUGUUAAAACUUUUAUAAUGAAAAGUGUCAAUAACAUGAUAAUGAAAUUUGAUAUCAUUUUUCUUGUUUACUUUACUUAUUUUUUAUAUCUAAACAUUUUAUAGUAAUAUUUUAUGGUAAAGUCCAGUUAUUUUCUUACAUUCAUGAUUUUAUACAGAGAGAUUGCAAAAAUAAAGAGUAUUCGACACGUUGUUUUUAAUUAAAAUAAAGAAACUGCAAUUCUAUCGAAAUUUAGUAUAUACUAAAAUAACCUCAAUAGGCAUAAUAAAAAUCAUUAUUAUAUCUUGUCACACGCUAUAGUUUGACGUAAAUUUUUUCUUGAAUAUGUGCCUAUUUCUUUUUUUUUCUGUCACAAAUUCAAGGAAAUUAUGCACAUGUUAAAAUACUAUUAUCAUGCAUGUAGCAACUUUGCUUGACUAUAUAGUAUAAUAUAGAUUCGUAAAGCAAUGCAAAGAAAAAAAA